GUCAGCAGGGAGGAAGAAGCAUGGCUGCCUUAGUGAGGAAGUCUUGUAGUGCCUUGCACGGCUCUGUCAGCAGGCAUGCACGCUUUGCAAUGGUAUGUAGAUCAAUGGCAUCCAAAACACCAGUUGGAUUUGUUGGACUUGGCAAUAUGGGAAAUCCAAUGGCAAAAAAUCUCUUGAAACAUGGCUACCCUGUGGUUGCAUUUGAUGUUUUCCCAGAGGCAUGCAAAGACUUCCAGGAUUCAGGAGCCCAGAUCAUGGAUUCACCAGCAGAUGUGGCGGAAAAAGCUGACCGAAUUAUAACCAUGCUACCUUCAAGUGCCAAUGCUAUUGAAGUUUAUACUGGGUCAAAUGGAAUUUUAAAAAAGGUGAAGAAGGGAUCCUUACUGAUUGACUCUAGUACCAUUGAUCCUGCUGUUUCUAAAGAAUUGGCAAAGGCAGUGGAAAAAAUGGGAGCUGUGUUCAUGGAUGCUCCAGUAUCUGGCGGAGUUGGAGCUGCUCGAUCUGGAAAUCUCACAUUUAUGGUUGGUGGAGUGGAGCAAGAAUUUGAUGCUGCCAAAGAGCUCCUGUCUUGCAUGGGAGCCAAUGUGGUUUACUGUGGGGCAGUUGGUACUGGACAGGCUGCCAAAAUUUGUAACAAUAUGCUAUUAGCUAUUAGCAUGAUCGGAACAUCAGAGACAAUGAAUCUUGGAAUCCGAUUAGGGCUUGACCCAAAGCUGUUGGCCAAAAUCCUAAACAUGAGCUCCGGUCGGUGUUGGUCAAGCGAUACCUAUAACCCUGUUCCAGGAGUGAUGGAAGGAGUACCCUCUGCAAAUAACUACCAAGGAGGAUUUGGGACAACUCUUAUGGCAAAGGAUUUGGGGCUGGCUCAGGACUCGGCAACCAACACCAAAAGCCCAACCCCACUGGGCUCUCUUGCACAUCAGAUCUACAGAGUAAUGUGCGCUAAGGGCUAUGCACAGAAAGAUUUCUCCUCUGUCUUCCAAUUUUUACGUGAGGAUGAAAAUUAGAGAACAGUCAUAGGUGGAAAAUUAGAUUUGGAACACUAUUUUUGAACAUCCCAUAGAGUUUUACUGUAUAACCAAUUACAUGAACUGUAAUCACUGACCUUUUUCAAAUUUAAAGGCAAACUAUACCUUGGGAAUACAGAUAACACAAGUUGUAAAGAAGGAUUUGUUUAGCAUUAACCAUGUAAUUGAUAUCCUGCAUAUGUACAGUGCACAGUAUGCUGGCAUUAAUAUGAUGGUUGCAGCCUAUAACAACACGCCUCUAGUAGUCUUUACGUAGUUUACUUUUCAUAUUUCAUACUCUCCCUGAUUUUUUAUAAUAUACAGACCAUGCCACUCGACCAGUAUAUAAAUAGUGCAGAAGGCCUAUAAGACUGGCAAGUGUGUGCUGGUACUUUUUGGCGAGAGGUAGAAUCCUACAGCAGGGAAAUGCAGGAUACUUAGAUGAAGACUUCAAAGCUUUGCCAUUCCUUUUUUAUACCUCAAGUAUAAAAUAUUCCUCCAAAUGUAGUUUCCCUUUAUUCAACACAGUGGUGUUUCUAGACUAUGCUGGUCCCCCCACCCCCCAAAAAAACAUCUUUGGAGAGGCCCUCAGCGCAAUACAAUCACUACCCACCUGCCCCUCAUGUUGCCCCGCCCCUUACAUCCCAACUCCCCGCCUGCUCCUCCCUCAUGUCCCCAUCCUUGCCCGCUAGCUCUCGGGUAGGAGAGCGGUGGAGAGGGGGGUUUGCUAAAGCUAUAGAGGAAGCAGAGCCGGUGGUCUGGGGCAGCCCAAAGCACCCUCCUUCCCCCACCCACCCCGCAACUGUGGAGUCUGCUACCUCUAUAGUUAUGUCACUGAUUCAACAAGUACAUUGUAAAGUGGAAUGUGCUACGUCACAUUUAAUCUGUACAAAGAUAACCUCUAACACUCUUUUACAGAAAUGUUUUUCAGGCAAACUAUAUGUCAUAAAACUCUUUUGAAAAUAGCUGGAAACCCAUUACAGAGAAGCGAGUGAAUUCUGUUCAUGUAUAUUUUGAUACUGAUCCACGAAUAUAAAUAUCACCUUUUUACAUUGAUUUUCUGUUUAAAUGCCCCCAAGCGAAUAGCCCUGAUAGUGUUCUCAAAUUUAUGGGUAAAUUAGAGGGUGUUGAAUCCUAAAAUUAGGUGACCAUAUACUUCUACUGGAUGUGUUUUAUAACCUGACGAAAAUGUGAUCUGUAGACUAUGUGAUAUGUAGAAACAAUAAAUAUUAGCUAUGUAUUCA